AGGCCUGGACAUCACAGACAACAAAAGGUCAAGAGGUCUCUGGAAAGCAAAAAGUCUAAGCAAUUUGAGGAGGUGGAAACUACUGUCCAAGGUCUGAACAGUAACUAUGAUGAGACAGUCAGCAACAUUUCUUCUGAUGCACCAAAGGGCCAAGUGAAUGGCAGCUCAGAGUCCAGAAGCAAGCGGACCAUUCGAAGGCCUGCUUACUGGCUGGAAAUGAGAGGAAUCAAAAACAGCAUUAACAAGUCUUCAGAAAAAAAAGGAGAAGUAUUAUUAAAAGGCAAGAGGAAAUCUGAGCAAGUGGAAAGUGAAGAUCUUAAAGACUCUCCAAAGAAGAAGCAAAAGAUUUCAGGAAAAAAACAGCAAGCUGGGACACCACAAAACUCCAAAACAAAAGGCCACUGUGUUCAGAAAGAACCAGAAACCUAUGGCACAGGUAGUCUGGAAGAGCAAUGGUCUUUGGAAAUUCAGGCCAAAGGCCGAGUUACCUGUCCAACAUGUCGGGCUGUGGUGAGAAAGACUGUAGAAGGACUGAAGAAACAUAUGGUAAAUUGCAGGCAGGAAAUGUUCACAUGUCAUCACUGUGGAAAGCAGCUGAAGUCUUUAGGAGGGAUGAAAUACCAUGUCAUGGCAGACCAUAACAAUCAGCCAGUUGUGAAGGAGGGAGGAGAACUGGAUGAGCAGCUUGAGCGAGACCGCCUUCGGAAGGUUUUGAAGCGUAUGGGAAAACUAAAGUGUACGAGGGAGGGCUGCACAGGUAGCUUCACUAGCAUAAUGGGAUACCUGUAUCAUGUUAAAAAAUGUGGGAAGGCAGCUUCUGAGCUGGAGAAAAUGGCUAUGAAGUGCCAUCACUGUGGAAAAGCGUAUAGAUCAAAGGCAGGACUUGUCUACCAUCUCCGAUCUAAGCAUGGGCCGGUCACUUUCCUCCAUGAGGAGAGAAGAACAGAGAGCCUGAAGGAAACAAAACGGGAGCCAAACAGCACAGGCAGAGUACAGAGGAGAUCUGCAAAGGUGGCAAUCUACUAUCUCCAUGAGCUAGCUGGAGAAGAGCUGGCCAAAGAGUGGCCCAAGAGAAAAGUUCUGCAGGACUUGAUUCCAGAUGAUCGCAAGCUGAAAUAUACUCGUCCUGGACUGCCCACAUUUAGUCAAGAUGUGCUGUGCAAAUGGAAAACUGAGAUAAAGAUGUACCGAAGAGUCCACUGCCCAAAUCAGGGUUGUGAAUCUGUAUAUGGCAGUGUCUCAGGACUCAAAUCUCACCUUGGCACAUGUACCUUGGGUGACUUUGUGGCUGGUAAAUACAAGUGUCUUCUGUGCGAGAAGGAGUUCAUUUCAGAGAGUGGAGUCAAGUAUCACAUCAACUCUGUGCAUGCUGAGGACUGGUUUGAUGUGAAUACAACUACCACCAAAAGCUUUGAGAAGCUAAUGAAAAUCCGCCAAAGAGAAGAGCAGAGGAAGCAACGGAAGAAACGUCCUUUGACCAGGGGCAAAAAGAAGAGAACUGCAACCCUGACUGCCAAGAAACUCCCCACUGCUGGAGCUGAGAAAAUGAGGAGAAGUAAGAGAGGUCGUCCAAAGCGGGUGGACAAUGAGAGUGCGAGUAGUGAGGAGGGGGAGCCCCAAGUUGCACAGAGAGCUGAAUUUCCAAAAAGCAGCCGCAAGCGAGGCCGAAAGUAAUUCCCUAGAAGAAGAGAAGGAAUAAUCCUAAAACUUUUCAGUUACAAGCCCCACUUCUGUCUGGCUCAUAACCCACAGCACUAAUAUAAGCAACUGAGUGUCUUUGGGACUGUGACUCCAUUUUACUCAGCGACCUUGGUUUUGAAACUGUUGCCUCUGGUCCCUUGUGAGAGACUUUAAACCAAAGCUGUGGUACAGAGGAUACCUCUCCUGGUGUAGUACCCUUGGACAGUGGCACUAGCAGUGUAC